GGGCCUAGCACUCAAGAAAAGAUGGCAUCUCUCCCCACUUGGAAUCCACUAAACUUCUCUUUUUCUUUCCGUAUAAUUUUUGAGAUGCUUCUUUAUUCUUCAAAUUUUGUGCAUAUUUAGAAAUUGCUUCUUUCUGAUCCUUUGGUUCUCCCAAAACUACCUUAUUUACCUGUCAUAAGCCAAGCACCAGAAAAUUGGCAGAAGUCUUUGCCAAUAAAAUGGGAGUGAUAAUGUCAUGUAUUGGCAAGUCAAGCAAGAAUACGUGCUUGGAUGACAAGAUUGAAAGAAAAAUAGUUGAAAUGAGAAGAUAUAAAUUUGGACAGAGCAAGUUGAAAUCAGUUGAUAGUAUAGUUAUGAUGUUCCCAAUGUUUAAGGAGAGGCUGAAAACUCUAAGAGGAAUGUUUGAACAGUAUGAUGAGGAUUCUAAUGGAUCUAUAGAACCCAAUGAGCUAAAGAAGUUCUUAGAACAUCUAGAUCUUCAUCUUAAAGAGCAGGAGAUUGAGAAUCUUUUUGAGUAUUGUGAUCUUGAUGGAAGCAAGGGCAUACAGUUCAAUGAGUUUAUAGUUCUUCUAUGCCUCAUCCAUCUACUAGCAGAACCUUCAUCCUCUGUUAAUUCAUCUAAAGCAGGGUUAGAACAGGUUGGAGAAAUUUUCAAUACCAUAGUUGAGGCCUUUGUGUUUUUUGAUCAAAAUGGUGAUGGAAAGCUCAACAAAAAAGACAUGAUCAGGACACUGAAUGAGACCAACCCUCGUGAAAGAUCCCCUGCGCGCAUCUCUAAACACCGAUUUCAAGAAAUGGACUGGGACAAGAAUGGUCAGGUCACGUUCAGGGAGUUCCUAUUUGGUUUCAUUAAUUGGGUUGGGAUUGAAGCAGAUGAAUAGAGAGAAGAGUUUGAAGUUACAUUGUGCUAAAUGUGUGAGCUUGACUUGUCUCCAUGUUCUUAACACUGUGUUGGAGAAUUUUAUACACUUUGCUUGUGGAAUUGAAAACUAGAAAAUUGAAGUAUGAAUAGAAACACAUGAUUUUUGCCAUGCUUCUGCAUAAAAAUACACUGAUACAUGAAGCUUCUUUUAUAUAAUAUACAACCUAGUAUAGAUAUUAAGUAGACAAAAUGGAUAAAACAUGGAGACAAAAACAAGAUAGAGAUUUUUCUAUGUUACAAAAAUUUCAGUUCCCAUUAGGUAACUUCAAUGUCCUUCUGCAAUUUCUUACUGUAUUCCUAGAGCUUGGAUUCUCUUAACCAUUGACAAAGAACGGUAAUUUCUUUGUCUCCAUUCUUCCCUGCUCUCCUUGCUACUCUGGACAAGUAAUUUGUCAUUGCCAUCAAGGAUGCUUACUAUUUGUCUCAUGCUUGGUCUUAGCUGAGGGUUGCAACUUGUGCAAGCAAUUCCUAACCUUACUAAUCUCAUCAAUUCUUGGUCAUUGUAUUCUCCACUGAGUCUAAUGUCAGCUAAUUCUUUCAAUGGUCUUUUUCUCAUCUCAAAUUCAUGAACCUUCUUCACCAAAAGUACCUCUGGUUGCCUAAAAUCUACUGCCAUCUGUCCACUCACAACUUCAAGCACCACCACACCAAAACUAUAAACAUCAGCUUCAGUGGUUGCUUCGCCUGAUUCCACGUAUUCUGGUGACAUGUAGCCGAAAAUCCCACGAACCGAUUUUCUAGUGUCAGAAACUACAUGAUGACCAUGCUCAUUCCUUGACAAAAAUUCUGCCAGAGCGAAAGAGCUGAGUCUUGGAUUCAUAUCUGGCUCAAGAAUGACAGCGGAAGAAGUAAUGUUUCUGUGGAUCACUUGUUCAUCCCAUUCCUCAUGUAGAUAGAGUACUGCGGAGGCCAGUGCUUUCACUACGUUGUACCUGUGAUGCCAUUGGAGGAAAGAAGCUCCACUUCGAGUUCCAUUGUUAUGAUGCAUAAGCAGUUGGCUGAGGAUUCUACUUGCCGAGUAAUCAUAAAUAACAAGCAUCUCUCCUUGCUCAGUGCACCAUCCACGAAGUUGAACCAAAUUCCUGUGGCGAAGCCGUCCCAGGUUCCGGAGUUCGUUGGAGAAUCUAUGACGCAGUGCAGGACAAGUCUUCAUCCCAAGGCGUUUCACCAAAACAUGGCAUUUGUCAUCAAGGAUGCCAUGGUAAGCAGUUCCAAAGUCUAGCUCAGCCACCCUUCUUGAAUCAGAGAAGUUAUCUGUAGCAGAAACAAUCUCCUUGUAUGAUAUUUCUCUUGGAGUUUCUACCACAGGAAAUGGUCGCUGGUGGUGAUUGCUCUUAAAAGAGAUGAUUUCACUGUUUUUGUACUCAGCGGUUACAUACACAGUAUCACCUGCUGCCGUGACAUAGUUUGAGGUAUUGUUGGUGGUAAUGCUUGCAUUAUCUGUGGUGGAGCUAGUGCCACUUGUGCUGCUUGGACUGUGACUAGUAUCAGAUGGGGAAGACAAAGAGAUGUAUAAAGGGUGGGAGAGAAAAGAAGGGAGUGGUGGUAGUUUAAAAGAAAAGUCAGAAAGAGCUUCCACUACCCAUUUCAUGCUUGGCCUCAAUUGUGGGUCAUGGAGUGUGCAGAGGAGGCCUGUGUGAAUGAAAUGCUGCAUCUCUGAGAGCAUGAAGGAUCCAUCUGGUAGCCUUGUAUCAGCUGCUUCCAGAAGCUUCCCUUCAUCAGAAAGCCUUCUAAUCCAGUCAAGCAGAAUCAUUUGUUCAUCUGGCUGUGUGAAAUCAAUUGCUCUCCUUCCAGAUGCCACCUCUAACACAACAAUCCCGAAACUGAAGACAUCAGAUUUGGAGGUAGCAUUGCUUGGUUUCUGCAAGCUUUCAGGAGGAAGAUACCCAAUUGUGCCCCCUACUCUUGACGUCUCUCCCAAUCUGAAAUGGUCACUUCUGAUCGAUAUUGUUUUCUUGUUCUUAUUCUUAUACUCAUACUCAAGCUCAUGCUCUAGCCACCUUGCCAUGCCAAAGUCACCCAACCGAGCAUUGUAAUGGGAAUCAAGCAUAACGUUGCUGGUCUUAACAUCCCUAUGAAUGAUUUGAGUCUCUAGUUGCUCAUGGAGGUAGUACAAUGCAGCUGCCAAACCUUUCACAAUCUUCACUCUCUGUCCCCAUUGAAGAGGCUUGGCCUUCAAAUUCUCAUGUCUGCGAAACAGAACACGGUCAAGGCUUCGGUUUGGCAUGUAGUCAUAAACAAGAUGCAACUGAUCUUCAUUGACACACCAACCCCUCAGCCUCACAAGAUUCUUGUGGCGAAGAUCAGCCACGGCUGUUAACUCCGCUGCAAAACUUUUCUCAAACUGCUUCCCUUUCCCUGCCAAACAGCACUUCACAGCAACCACGGUUCCAUCACUCGGCAAAACGGCCUUGUACACUUUGCCAAACCCUCCACUCCCCAAAACUUGGUCUUCACUGAAACCAUUAGACCCUAUGAACAGCUCUGCGUAGCUGAAAAUUCUGGGGUUGUCCCUGCCAACGUUAACAGAAACUUGCACACCAUCCAUGUCAUGAAACAAUACACCAGAGUCGUGCUUCUCUCUGUGCCCUCCCUUUUGGCAAAUUCUCCACCACCCUGAGUCAUACAACUUGCCCAAAAAAUCUCCAAGAGAAGCAAGAACUUGUCCCCCACAUGCCCUGUGAGGCUGUUUGGCCUCAACAACUUGUUUCUCUGGUGUUU